AGGGGGGUGGGGGAUCCCGAGGCGCCGGUGGCCGGCAGUCUGGGAGGGCCGGGAGCGGCAUCAGGCAGCCCUCCUUGCCGCAACUUGCCCAAAGCAGGCAGGCUUCAUCCUGCGCCCUGGAAGAAGGAGGCGGCCCGCGGCUUCCCCCUCGGCUGCUCCACCGCCUCCGCUGCUCCAGCCACGCCCCUGGGGUCUGGGUCCCCAGCGUCGCCCUGCUCGCCUGCAGCGCCGGGCGCUGGCCCAGGAGCGCACGGCUGGGGUGCUGGGGACAACGGUGAGCAAGAGAAACCACGGCCCUUGUUCCCGCCGAUCCUGCAGCCUAGUGGAUGGAGCCCAUGGUCCACAGACCUGCCAGGAAAGAAAAAAAAUUUCCUGAUGGUUGGUCCAAGCAGGGACUCCCCGGUGGAUUGGGGAGUGUCUGGCUUUUCCUCAACAAUUUGGUCUAUGUGGCAGCCACAGGCGGCCCCCAGAAGAUGCCGAGAAUGAGAGGCCCGAGGUCUACAAGUCGCUGCUAGAAAUAUUUUAGCUUCUCCAGAAGAUAGAACGCAGCCGCCUCACAAGCUUGUAAGGGCCUUGGGCGCUCGCUGACUGCGCGGGGGCAGCGCGCCCUUUGCUCCAGGUCCGGCCGGGGCGCUGCCAUAGCAACAAAGGCCUGGACGCCGAGACUUCAGGCAGCCACCGCUGGGAUCCGGCUACCUCCCGCUCCUGGGGGGUUGGGCGGCGGCGGCGGCCCGGGCCCGGUAGACUGAGCGGUUCCCUCCGAUGUCCGCAGAGGCGGCGGCUUACUUCCAAGCAUGCCCCUUAAGCAGCAAGUCUACUACCCGCUGGCCAGCGGCCUCGAGAGUCCCGAAGGCCUCGCAGCCGCUGCGGCGGGCGCGGCAGCUAUGGCCCAUGCCUCCCACAGCGCGUCGCCGGGCUCCCUGCCCUUCUUCCAGUUCCGGCCGCGGCUGGAGAGGGUGGACUGGCGGCGGCUGAGCGCCAUCGACGUGGACAAGGUGGCGGGGGCCGUGGACGUGAUCACGCUGCAGGAGAACAUCAUGAACAUCACCUUCUGCACGCUGGAGGACGAGAAGUGCCAGCACUGCCAGUCGGGGGUGGACCCGGUGCUGCUGAAGCUCAUCCGCCUUGCGCAGUUCACCAUCGAGUACCUGAUGCACUCGCAGGAGUUCCUCACCUCGCAGCUGCACCACCUGGAGGAGCGGCUGCGUCUGAGCCAGGCCGACGGCGAGCAGAGCCAGAAGCUCCUCGCCAAGCAGGCCGGGGAGAUCAAGUUACUCAAAGAAGAGUGUAAACGCAGGAAAAAGAUGAUCUCGACCCAGCAGCUGAUGAUCGAGGCCAAAGCCAACUACUACCAGUGCCAUUUUUGUGACAAGGCCUUUAUGAACCAAGCUUUUCUACAAAGUCAUAUUCAGCGCCGCCACCUUGAGGAUUCUCACCUUGCAGAGUAUAAGAAAAAGGUGCAGAUUGUUAAACUCAAGAAUGAGAUGGACAUGUUGAAGGAACAGCUACAGCUCACCAAGUCUCAGCUAGAGGCUGCGCAGCAUGCCAGUGCAGUCCAGUCUAAGGAAUAUGAAAUGCAGAAAAUAAAAGAGGAAGAAUCUCGGAAGUUAUUUGAAAGAUGUAAAGAAGAAGAAAAGGAGAAAUUAAUUGAUAUAAUGGAAAAAGUCAAGCAAAUAUUCAUGAAGGAGUUGAAAGAAUUAACUUCCAAAAAUUCAGCAUUAGAAUAUGAAUUGUCAGAAGUCCGGAAGUCCAAUAUGCACAUCAAAUCUAACAUAGGCACAUUAGAAGAUGCACAUGAUUUUAAAGAAGAAGGUCCUCAGUAUCCUCACGAUUUCCAGAAUGCGAUGCAACGUCUUGAUAGUCAGUUCCUGUUGCAUACAGAGAAACUUCGAACCUCAAUGAUAGAUGACCUAAAUGCCAGUAAUGUUUUCUACAAGAAAAGGAUAGAAGAGCUUGGGCAGAGGCUCCAGGAGCAGAAUGAAUUGAUUAUCACGCAGAGACAGCAGAUUAAAGAGUUUACCAGGAAACCAUCAAACAGCGUCAGUGAGCCCAAAGGGAAUCCUUUAACCUGGCAAACUUUUGAAUCAAAGCCAACAGCCCCAGCUGUGCCCACGAAUGCCACAGCCCCUCAGACUUUGGAGGCCAAAUCAAGUCUACCAAUGGCGCAUGAGCAGGCAUUCUCAUCACACAUACUGGAACCAAUAGAAGAACUUUCAGAGGAAGAAAAAGGAAAGGAAAACGAGCAGAAGUUAAAUAACAACAAGAUACAAUUAAGAAGAGCUUUGAAGGGUAACCCUACCCUCACGAAGGAAAUAAGAGCAGUCUUGGAGCAGAGUUUGGUGGAGAAACUGGAAACCUUGGGGAUUAGUGCAGAUGUACGCGGUAUUCCAAGCGAUCAAUUGAGUAGAGUGCUAAGAGUCCUGGAAACAGCAAGACAUGAGCGAGAAAGACAAAUACCUAACAUUCUGCAGAUUCGAGAAUGCCUUGAACGUCAGGUCAGAUGUAAAAUCGAGGCGAGAACAUUGCUGUCUUCAGAUAAGCCGUGUGCUUCUCAAGUGGACGCGCUUUCGGCUGGAGAAAUACCCAAGGCAGUACAGCUUCCUUCCAAAAGCAGACAAUUAAUUCGACAAAGACCUGUUUUUUCUGAUAGGACCUCUGUUCCAAAAAUUACGAAAAACAUCCCAGAAGAUAAUUUUCCCAGGAGGUCUUCAACUAUUACGACCUCUCCCUUUAGUUCAGAGGAAGACUUGGAUGACGAUGACCUUGUCCAGGCCUACACACCCCCAGACUUGCUUCCUGUGCAGUCGUCUAAAAGCAACAAGAGCAGCUCUGGAAAGAACAUUGUCAAAUGUAACACUGCCUGGACCGAGGGAAGUGAAAUCAAGGACUCCAAUGUUUCUCCCAAGCCUGCAGGAACCUUCAUUGAAACACUAACUGAAAAACUUGAAAAGACAGUUUCAAAUCACAAAAAUGUGAAUAAGCCAGUUGGUGGGAUUCAUGCGGCUGAGGUGUUCGUCCUAAAAGACUUAGAAGAACUAAAGUGUGUGGAUGUGGAUGACGAUGACUGGGACAUAUCAUCCUUGGAGGAAGAAAAAUCUUUUGGGAAAAAAAUUGCCAAGGAGCAGAAGGAACCUCCACCUGGGAAGAAUCAAUCAAAUUCUGCUCAAGUGCCAAGUGCCUGGGGUGCAUCGAACCUUAAAGGGCCAAAGGGAGAAGGACUUCAAGACGAUUCAAGCACAAUGAAAAGCAGUUUAGUAACUGUGACUGACUGGAGCGAUUCUUCAGAUCUGUAACUCUGAUCCCACACGCCAGAAGGUGCAGAUGCCAACAGUAUUUUAGUAACCAGCCUACAGCUCCCACAAUAACAAGGAAGCUAAUUCACAGAACAAGGGUCUCUUUAAUGGCACCUAACUCAGUAUUGAAAAGCUAAUUGUCAACAGUAUUUUGAAGCAUGUCAAGGUGUUUAAGAUUUCUACCACUUAAAAAUAACAUGUCAUUGAAGUCAUAAAAAGUUUUCUUUUCAGAACGGUACUCUAGUGUUUAAAUGUAUUUUUUUCCAACUGGUUUUUAAGUGAAUUUUUAAAAUUAUUGCAGGUUUUGGUUUGAAUCAAAACAAUUUUUUAAUGUCUUUUUUAUGUACAUUGUCACACUGCAAAUGUUCUGUUAUAAAAUUCUGUUAGUAUCCUUAAAAUUGAAUUAGUGGAAUCUGUGAAAUCUUAAGAGUAGAAUGGUUAUUCUUCAUACAGAAGUAAGUUUAGAAUUAUAAAAAUAUAGACAGGCCCAUGUUAAAUACAUUUUCCAAAAGUACCUUUACCAUAUGCAGCUUUGAGCCAUUGUGAGCAUGUUGUUAUUAAACAAUUAUUGUAGAAUUUUAAAUAGCAUUUCUGCAGCAUAAUCUUUAUCUUGGGUAUUCUGUGAAUGAAAUGUAGCUAUUUUAAAUGUCAAUUUAUUAGACUAUAUAGAAAAUAUGGAGAGUCGUAACUGAAUCUUUGUGUGUAGUUGUUUUCCCACUUUUAAAAUUCCCAGCCAAUAUUAUAAAUACCUCAAAACUCAUAUACUUCUAACACUGACAUUGUCAAUGGUCAGAAAGUUCAUAUAAACUGUUUUUUGCUUUCUAAAAAUAUUUUGUGGUACUAUCUGUACUGUUUCCAAAAAAAGUAACAUUUUAACUAAAUGGUUUGUUGGAUCCAUUCUGUCAACUUUUCAAGUAAACCCCUCCAUUA